AUGGAUCGUCUCAACAUCACGUUCGGCGUGGAACUGGAGAUCCUCUGUGUCUAUCCCAAGCAGGCGUUCAUCGGACAGUGGCCUGGUCUUGUCCCAGGCGAAGACGACGACCAUGUCAAAGCUGACCGUGCGAUCCACUAUUUCCUAAAUCUCAGCGGAAUCCCUGCUGUUGGUUUGGAAGAGCCUGGCUCGGUAGAGAACGAAAAGCCGCACACUGCGUGGAACGUAGAAAUGGAAGAUGGCCUGGAUCUAUCAGACGCAGAGACCCAGGCGAUCCCAGAAGGCCACGAGCUCGUCGUUGUUGAGCUCGCGUCGCGAGUCUUCAAUUCUCUGGCCGACGGUCGAGAGGGCGUAGCUGCCGUGCUCAAGGUUCUCUUCGACAUGGAAGAGACGUACAGAUGUAGGUUCUACACUAACAUGAGCACAGGCUUCCAUGUGCACGUUGGCAAUGCUGGAAAAGACUUGCCCUUCCAUACCGCGCAACGGAUCAUGCAACUCAUGACCGCUCACGAGCGAGCCUUUGAUUCUCUGCACAGUGCUAAUCGUAUCCUUGCUCCCGCACAUCCGGACUCCUCUUCCGACAAGUACUGCGGUGCUCCGCUCUACGCGCCAUUGUCAUUCUUCCACCGGAUGCGUCACGGAGAGACUUCAUCGUCGGCUCUGCAAUGGCUCCAUGCCAUCCAACGUGCACAUUCCAUAGCCCAACUCGGAAAGCUCUACGAGAUACCAUACAACGGAGUCGAAGACAUCAUGAAUGGCAAGAACUCCACCCUCAACUUCGACAACUCCUUCGCCGACCCCGAGCAGGAUCGCUAUGAUGUAGACCUCAAACACACCGUGGAGUUCCGACAGCACACGGGUACGCUAGACCAGCCCACCAUCUUGAAUUGGGUCUCGCUGCUCGUCUGUGUGGUGGAAUUCUGCCACACGGCCGACGACGCAACUUUCAUCCACCUCCUCGUCCAGGCCGCAAACUACAAAUUUGAGCUCCGCGAACUUCUGCAAGCUCUGCGCGUUGAAGAAGGUGCCAUGCGACACUACCUGGGCGAAGAAGACGAUCACCUAGGUGAGCUUCCUCCACCCCUGGCCAGAGUCGAGCACGACGAAGCCGCUCCACCGCUCGCCCGCCUAUCAGAGGCAAACGACGCCGAAGUGGGCAAGAACUCGGAUCCCACCUGCGUGCGUGAAAAGGUCGACGGCAAGUGGCGAGACCAGUACUACGGAUGGGACCCCACCCUCACCGCCGCGCCCGUGGACCAGCAACGCAUCCGAUGGAUGCUGGAGCAAGCCCUCCGCCGGAUCGGUCCUUCCGAUCGACGACGGUACAUGACGAGCGAGAUGCAGAGGUCCGAAGCCAUUUGCCUUGUCCUGGAGAAGUUGGCCUCCAUCUACGCUCGCAUGGACAACUCGUUGCUCGUGGAGAACUUGGAUCGUAUCGUGGUGGAGGAAUGCCUCGACUGGCAGUGA